UCUUUCUACUUCUCCUCCAUUUUUUUCAAUUUUAAUUUAAAAGGCUGCUUCUUCUUCUUCCCCUCCCCAGUCCCCUGCGCCGCGUAAGAGAACCAAAAAAAAAAAGCAAAAUCCUUUGCUCAAAAUACUCCGCAGCCUCUCCCUCGUCGAUUCGAUCGAUCGAUUGAUUGAUUGAUUGAUUGAUGGCGCUCCCGAAUCAGCAGACUGUGGAUUAUCCAAGCUUCAAGCUUGUGAUUGUAGGCGAUGGUGGUACAGGGAAGACUACGUUCGUGAAGAGGCAUCUUACUGGAGAGUUUGAGAAGAAAUAUGAACCUACCAUUGGCGUUGAAGUCCAUCCAUUGGAUUUCUUUACAAACUGUGGGAAGAUCCGGUUCUACUGCUGGGAUACCGCUGGCCAGGAGAAAUUUGGUGGCCUAAGAGAUGGAUACUACAUUCAUGGGCAAUGUGCUAUAAUCAUGUUUGAUGUUACUGCAAGGCUUACAUAUAAGAAUGUUCCAACAUGGCAUCGAGAUCUGUGCAGGGUCUGUGAGAAUAUUCCCAUUGUUCUCUGUGGCAACAAGGUAGAUGUCAAGAAUAGGCAAGUUAAGGCUAAGAUGGUUACAUUCCACAGGAAAAAGAAUCUUCAGUACUAUGAGAUCUCUGCCAAGAGCAACUACAAUUUUGAGAAACCGUUCCUAUAUUUGGCUAGAAAACUUGCUGGGGAUUCAAACCUUCACUUUGUUGAGUCACCAGCCCUUGCUCCUCCUGAAGUUCAAAUUGAUCUUGCUGCUCAGCAACAGUACGAGGCAGAGAUAGCUGCUGCAGCUGCACAGCCCCUGCCAGAUGAUGAUGAUGAUGCUUUUGAAUAGAUGAAUGUCCCUGGUGCUCCAGUAGUAGGUUUUUAUGUCGCCAUUGAUUUUAUACUCUAAAGUAUAUUCAGAAAGUUUCUGGAGAGUUUGACUGUUUCUUACCUGGUUUAUUUGGUUGUGAUGAUUAGUAUGCACUGAUGUAAGACCGGGACUCAUUUUUAGUAUAUUAACCACCCUUGCUCAGAUUGUAUCCGUCAUCUACAUAGGCUUGGGUUGCAACUGGUUUCCUAAUGAUCUUCCAAUAUCUACAGUUUGAUAACAUCCAUAUUGCCAGAUGCAUUUCAGUCUUUUUUAAUGCUUCUGCUGGUGAUGAUGUUUGUGGCCUGAUAGAGAGCCUAGUUUUUUUUUGUUGGUUUCAAAUUGAUGUUUGAAGCAGUGUUUUGUGUGAUUACAAAUUACUGUGCAUGGGGAGCUGUAUUUCUUUUUCUUGUUCUUAUUUGGAUGACGCAGCGGUAUAUGGACCAGAUGUGUAUUAACUUGCAAAUCAAGCAAGAUUAAUUAAAUUGAAUUUUUUAAGACAA